AAAUAUUUCUCUCUCUCCCGCACACAUGCUGAAACGAAAAAGCUGAAGCCACUAUUCCUCCCAUGGUGACGACAGGUUUUGGAUUAUAAAUGACAAGUUUUUUUAUUAUUAUUAUUAUUUUUUUUAGAGACAGUCUUAUUCCGUUCUGAAUAAGCUCCGGCGCUAUUGACACUGAUGCUUGAGAAUCAAGCCAUGGGAUGGUUUCCAUGUUCUAUUAUCUAAGCUUCGACACAUCCAAGUGAAGAGACAAAAAACAUAAUCGGGAUUUUUAGGCUACAUUUACCAUCAUGUGUUGCCUUCGAGCACCUAUAACGGGUACUUUGUGGAUAAUGGCUCCGCGAUACUUUUCAAGAGGAUAAUUACACGAGUCCGCUGACAGCUUGACAAUGGCAGCUACAGCAGUUUGCAUCCAAGUUCAGUCUCAGGUUUGCCACUGUGAGCGACGCUCCCCCCUUUUUCUGUCUUCCUUUCCAGAUAGGGGCUAUCCUGGAGAAGAGAAAAUGCACCGCUUUGCCAGCUCCCAUGCGCGGAAGCUGCAACCUUAAUAUCAAAGUGAAAAGGGUUGGGAGGGUGGAAAUUAGGAACACAAGUGCUAAUGGAGACAUCACCUGAGGGAGAGGCCAUGUUAGAGCGAUCUGUCUGAUGAUCCUGUCGGUUAUUACUGGCAGCCCAUGGUGCGUGUUUGGUGCCGUCCGUGACUGUGGAGCCCCAACAUGAUAUUAGGCUCACAAGGAUAAUGCUGAUAACUACGUGGUGCAAGAGCGUGCGCGCUCCCGCUCCCAACCUACAGUGAGAAGGUUCGUUUCCUGACUAGUUACACAUCCGUGACGUCACAUCCAGUAGCGUCGACUCCGCUGUCCCCGCCACGCUCGCUCACAUAAGCUGGUCUACUGUCAAUAUGAAAGAAAAACCAAACUGUGAUUUUUUUUUCUUCUUACUUAAAACAUGUUUAUGUGGCGCAUUUGAGUGACUCGAGACGUGACUCGCAUAUUUUUUGGAGGAUAGAAAAUAAUAAUAAUCAAAUAAAAAAAACUUUAUAUGUUUUUAGUUUGGAAAGCAGAUGCAACGCGAGAUGUCCGAUGCUUUAAGAAUAAAUCCCCCUUUUUUCCACUGCUGCAUAGAAAAACCGAGUUGACAGCUAAUAAUAAACGAUAUUCUAAAAAGAAAAAAAAAGAAAGGAAAGAAAUAUUGAUAGAAUUAAAAAGCCUAGGAGCCCGGCUUCAUUUUCCGUGUCCGCUUCACGGUGAAGAAAUCUGCUCAAUUUGGUUCUGCCAUUAGAAUAAUGUGCCUGUCACCGCGAGAGGACGCACUGUCACAAUUUUAAGAGCAUAAAAUGUCCCACAACCUGCCAUUUGCCCAGAGCAACAGGCAGUGCCGCAGCUUCUCUUUUAAUCUUUCUUUCAGUGUGCUCAUACUACAGCUAGAAUAUAGAGCUAGAAAUCCUCAUUUUAUUUGUAUUAUUACUGCAGUUUAUUGGAGGAUAUUUCUUUAACUUAAAGGUUGGUUUUAAAUGUUCUUUUAAAAUGUUAAUUAAUAGCCCAUAUCUAUUUAUAUAUAUAUUGAUUUAAGGUGAAACAUGAUCCUACAACAUGAGCUCCCUGCCUCCGCUAUAGCAGAAAAGGAAGCUGUUUCUUCAACAAUUUUUAAAAUGAAAUAUUCACAUUUUAUUAAUUUAUGUAUUCACUUAGGAAAGGGAAUUAAAAAUUUUGCAGUUCUUCUGCAUCUUUCCUGAUCCAAGUUAUUUUCAAUUAGGGCAGGCCCCUCCCCUUAACUGAUGACACUGACAGACCCUCCUUAAGUUGCGUCGCGCCACAGCUGUCUGCAAGCAUUGAGCUGCCUGGCGCCAUCCUGAAAGAAUGCCUUCACUGUAAAAAAAAAAAAAAAAAAAAAAAAAAAAAAAGACUAGAGUGAGUGAGUGGGAGAGAGAGAGAGAAAGAGCAAGAGAGAGGUAGAACAAGGGAAGAAGUUCGGGAACUCUGCGAGGGAUUGGAUUCCAUUUUGGACGUAUUUAUGUGACAACACCUCUGUUGCAUGUGUAAUGCGGGGUAAUCGGAAGCAAGCACGGAACCUGUGGAUUUAACGCAAACGGAUUUGGGACUGAUUAUUUCUUAUCUUUUGACUUGUGCCGCCUUGCUUCGGCGUACAUGAACAUUUGUUAAAAGAGAAUAAUAAGAAGAUAAAAAGAACUAAAAGCAAAGCGAUGGAAGUAAGUCCGGAUCAGCCACGAUGGAUGAGCCAUCAUCCCGCGGUGUUGAACGAACAGCAUCCCGGCUCACAUCACCCGGGCCUCGGUCACUCGUACAUGGACCCUUCGCAGUAUCCCCUCCCUGAAGAUGUGGAUGUACUCUUUAAUAUCGAUGGACAGGGGAACCACGUCUCUCCAUACUAUGGAAACUCUGUCCGAGCCGUCCAGAGGUACCCUCCUCCUCCACACAGUAGCCAGGUGUGCCGUCCCUCACUACUGCACGGCUCUCUGCCCUGGCUGGAGGGGAGCAAAGGCAUCACCCCACACCACAGCAGCUCUCCGUGGAACCUGAGCCCCUUCCCGAAGAACCCCCUGCACCACGGCUCCCCAGCCGGCCUGUCCGUCUAUCCCCCGGCUUCCUCCACUUCCUUGUCCACCGGUCACUCCAGUCCUCACCUCUUCACGUUUCCCCCGACCCCUCCGAAAGACGUAUCCCCGGAUCCGGGCAUAUCCACUCCGGGCUCCAGCAGCUCCGGGCGGCCGGAGGAUAAAGAGUGCAUAAAGUACCAAGUGACCCUGGCCGACAGUAUGAAACUUGAAUCAGCUCACAGCCGGAGCGUGGCAUCAAUCGGAGCAGGGUCAGCCUCUGCCCACCACCCCAUCGCUACAUACCCACCCUAUGAAUACGGCCCAGGCCUCUUCCCACCAAGUAGCCUGAUAGGUGGGUCAUCUUCUAGUUAUGGUUCCAAAACAAGACCAAAAACAAGGUCCUGUUCAGAAGGUAGAGAGUGUGUGAACUGCGGGGCCACGUCGACUCCGCUGUGGAGGCGGGAUGGUACGGGUCACUAUCUGUGUAACGCCUGCGGACUCUAUCACAAGAUGAACGGGCAGAAUCGCCCUCUCAUCAAACCCAAGCGGCGGCUGUCCGCAGCCAGGCGCGCAGGGACGUCAUGCGCAAACUGUCAAACGACGACGACGACGCUGUGGCGGAGAAAUGCCAACGGGGACCCGGUGUGCAACGCCUGCGGCCUCUACUAUAAACUGCACAAUAUCAACCGACCUCUGACCAUGAAGAAGGAAGGCAUCCAGACCAGGAACAGGAAAAUGUCUAGCAAGUCCAAGAAGAGCAAAAAGUCCCAAGACAGCAUGGAUGACUUCUCCAAGAGCCUGAUGGACAAGAGCAGCUCGUUCAGCCCGGCCGCUUUGUCCCGCCACAUGACCUCCUUCCCUCCCUUCUCGCACUCCAGCCACAUGCUGACCACCCCCACACCCAUGCACCCUUCCUCAAGUCUCCCCUUUGCCCCCCACCACCCUUCCAGUAUGGUGACAGCCAUGGGUUAAGGCUCCUCCAUGCUGUCACCAUGGAGCACUGCUCCUGAACCCUUGGCCUUGCCACCACCACACCCUUUGGUACCUCUGCUGACCUGCUUCCUCAUCCCAAAAGACAAACAGACUUCUCCUCGGUUCGAUCUAAAGCUCCUCUGUCUCACCGCCGAGCCACGACGUGAGAGUGACAGGCUCCUUUUCCCUCGGUUGUCUCUUUAUUUUUAUAAAAUCAAAGCGUACCUCUGCGAUGUGAAUUCUUUGCAGACUUAACUCGACUGUGGCGCACUGACCUCCAGGGUGAAGAUUUUUCCUUUAUUUUUUCUUCCAUCCCAGGAGAACGUGAACAUUUCUCCCUGAGUCGCCACCAUCAUGGUCACCACAUUAAGGCUGCCCUCCCAGCCAGUUCACACAACAAGGAGCUCCAUUUGUGUACAAAAAGCCAUUUUCCACUCACAACAUCACCAAAACAUUACAAGAACUUAUAUGGUGCCCUCUCCCUUACAAACCCGCCUCUCUUCACCUUUCACCUGUGUAACAGGAACAUCCUGCUCCCCUUCUUCUUCUGCUCCUUCUUCUGCUGAAGAUGAGGGGAGACUGAAUAUAUUUGUACAAAUUGUAUGAAAUACAGUACAUUUAAUGAAGACUUUUUAAUUAAGUAAGAAAAAAAAAAGGAAACAUGCCCCUGGGCAGCUAAACGACGAGAAGGGUACGAGUCGCAGCAGGUGGAGAGACUCGCCGCUGGAGGAGUGAGGAGAAGACGCCUCCAAACCCGGAGGAAAGAAAAGAGUGGAGGAAGAAGAGGUGAGAAGACAAGUGGGAAAGACUUUUGAGAAAGGGCAGGCCUCAGAUUUUGCCUGCAUAAAUUGUGUUGCAUUAAGUUUGCAGGGAGUCGGUGGCUCCAGCCGCCUGUGGCUCUCUUCUUUUUUUUUUUUUUUUUUUUUUUUUUUUCUUUCCUUUUUUUUAUCCCAUUUUUUGGAUGUGCUAUAGGUCUCGGGCAAUUGGUUUGUGCUGAAACAAACACACACUCACACAUACACACAUGCACACACACACACAGACAGACACACACACACACACAUGCACAUUUGCUCACCUGAAAGACUUUCUUCUUGCCCACAGAGUAUAUGCAUUGUGAAAAAAAAGUUCCUGUAUUUGUUAUUUGUAUGUAUAAAUCAGAGUACCAAAAAUACGAAAGAAACAAAGAUGUAGAAUUAUUUCUUUAUGUUAUGCAGACUGAAUGGUUGUAAAAAUUUAAUAAUAAUCACUAGUGUAAAAUAUGACUGCUUUUUUGUUUCGUAAUUUUUUUUCCCUCUUUGAAAAUAAUAAACUAGUUUAAUCUCUGUUGACAUGUUA